UGUCUUUAAGACGGCUAACAGGCAGCAAUGAUGGGCUCCUCAAUGUUACACGAAAAGGUCACGACGGGCAUGAACUUUUUUUGGCAUUCCCUGAACUGCAGAAGGUUUACUGGUCUGUCAGCACACGUAGCCUGCAGAAGGUUCUGUACGUCACAGCAUAAGAAGAUGUCACGACACACACCUGCCAAAAGAAUUGAGGGACUGGAUAAAAAUGUCUGGGUAGCGUUUACGUCAGUGGCGGCCGAUCCUUCCGUCGUCAACCUCAGCCAAGGCUUUCCAGAUAUCCCCCCACCUUCUUACAUCAAGGAAGCGCUGGCAAAGGCUGCGUCAGUGGACCUGUUGAACCAGUACACCCGAGGCUUUGGUCAUCCUUCUUUGGUGAAAGCCCUCUCUCAGGUGUACGGGAAGGUCUGUGGACGGGAGAUUGACCCCUUCAAAGAGGUCCUGGUGACCGUAGGCGGCUACGGUUCCUUGUUCAGCACCAUACAAGCCCUGGUGGAAGUAGGAGAUGAGGUCAUCAUAAUUGAACCUUUCUUUGAUUGCUACACAACUAUGGUGCGAAUGGCAGGUGCCAAGCCUGUGUUGAUCCCAUUGAAGCCUAAAUCUGGAAAGACGACCACCUCGAGUGCUGACUGGCAUCUGGAUCCAGAUGAGCUUGCCAGUAAAUUCAACUCAAAAACCAAGGCCAUCAUCAUCAACACUCCAAACAAUCCCUUAGGGAAGAUUUUCACCAGAGAUGAGCUGCAGAUGAUCGCAGACCUUUGUGUUCAACAUGACACCCUGUGCUUCAGCGAUGAAGUUUACGAGUGGCUCAUCUACAAGGGACACGAACAUGUCAAAAUUGCCACCCUCCCCGGGAUGUGGGAUCGGACCAUAACUAUCGGCAGUGCCGGGAAAACAUUUAGCGUCACCGGUUGGAAGCUUGGCUGGUCGGUGGGGCCUGAGCACCUGGUGAAGCAUCUUCAGACCGUCAUGCAGAACACUCUGUACACCUGCCCAACACCUUUGCAGGAAGCAGUGGCACAAGGUUUUAUCCUGAAUCAUAAACUGAUGGGUCAGCCCGAGUGUUACUUCUCCUCGCUGGCGGAAGAACUGGAACCGAAGAGAGACCGGCUGGCCGCCAUCCUGCAGGAGGCCGGCAUGGCCCCCAUCAUCCCCCAGGGAGGAUACUUCAUGCUGGUGGACGUCACACCCCUCAAUCAGGACCUAUCCCACAUGGAUGACGACGGGGAAGCCUACGACUAUAAGUUUAUUAAGUGGAUGAUUAAAGAAAAGAAACUGGCGGCCAUUCCAGUCACAGCCUUUGUGGGAGAUGAAUCCAAGAAGCAGUUUGAGAAAUAUAUUCGCCUUUGCUUCAUCAAGAAAGACAGUACUCUGGAAGCAGCGGGGAAGAUCCUAAAGAACUGGAAUAAAAUUUAAAGGAAUGCAACCACUGAGGAAGUCUCACGUCAGCUGAAGGAUUAGAUGGACCCAUCCAUCCAUCUACAUUACAGGGUGGUAGGAGGCUGGGCCCGCUGUCAUCAGGCAAGGCCACACUCUGAAAAGGUCACUAGUCCAUCACUAAGCUAGAAAUCAGGUAAAUGUUAAACAAAAUGAAGAGAGAUUUCUUUACUUUGGUCUGUAUAAAUGGAAAGGAGGAUUCCUCAGUACCUGUGAUUGAUCUCAGCUGCUUGUAUGUGGUGAGCAGGUGUGAGCACUUAGAUGACAUGUUUUUCUUAAUCAUCAUCUAGGGUAGAUUGAAAACCCUGGUUCUUUCCUGUGUCCUUCAUUGGAAGAAUUUAACUUUAGACACACGGCAAAAGUGUCUCAUGUGCCUGAUGUGCCUGUGCCCCUCCUGUCUCUAGAGGAGAAGGAAAAACUCAUGUCUGGGAGGAUUUGUGUCAGACAGUUUCUUGUGUUUCCUUGAAGUGUUUCAUCUGUUUGUCUUUAUACACUUUUGUAACAAGAUAGUGGCCAUGGCAGUGAUUUAAUAAAACCAUACAAUGA